UAUUACCAACAAAAAAACCUCAAGUUAUGGCAAUGCAAUUACGAUCUUUUCUCUUAGGCGUGCUGCUACUAAUUGGCUUUGCAUUGACAAAUAGCAAAGCAGAUAUUAGAGCUCCACCCACGCAUUUUGACACUGCUUCUCUCAAUAGGAGCAGUUUUCCAGAAGGGUUCAUAUUUGGCGUAGGUUCUGGAUCUUACCAAUAUGAAGGUGCUGCAAACGAAGGUGGUAGAGGACCAAGCAUUUGGGAUACCUUCACCCACAAAUAUCCAGAAAAGAUUAAUGAUAGCAGUAACGGAGAUAUCGCUGUUGAUCAAUAUCACCGCUAUAAGGAAGAUGUGGGGAUUAUGAAGAAUAUGGGGUGGGAUGCUUAUAGAUUCUCUAUCUCUUGGUCAAGAUUAUUACCAAAUGGAAAGUUAAGUGGAGGAGUGAACAAGGAAGGAAUCAAAUAUUACAACAAUCUCAUCAAUGAGCUCUUACGCAAUGGUCUAACGCCAUUUGUGACACUCUUCCAUUGGGAUCUUCCCCAAACUUUAGAAGACGAAUAUGGUGGUUUCCUAAGCCCUCAUAUUGUCAAUCAUUUUCAAGAUUACGUAGAACUUUGUUAUAAGGAAUUUGGUGAUCGAGUAAAGCAUUGGAGCACACUGAAUGAGCCAUAUACCUUUAGUAACUUUGGUUACGCAAUCGGGUCUCAUGCGCCGGGACGAUGCUCUACUUGGCAGCAACUAAACUGCACCGGGGGAGAUUCAUCUACUGAACCAUAUUUGGUAACACCCCACCUGCCCCUUGCACAUGCAGCUGCCGUAAAAUUGUACAAAAAUAAAUAUCAGGCCUCUCAAAAUGGAGUGAUAGGGAUAACACUAGUGUCACAUUGGUUUGAGCCCCUAUCAGAAGAAAAAGAAAAUAAGAAUGCUGCAUUACGAGCUUUGGAUUUUAUGUUCGGAUGGUUUGUUGAGCCAUUGACAAGUGGUGACUAUCCUCAAAGCAUGCGAUCUCUUGUCGGAAGCCGAUUACCAAAAUUCACGAAAGAACAAUCCGAGUUGCUAAUUGGUUCAUUUGAUUUUCUUGGACUAAAUUACUAUGCUGGUUACUAUGCAAGUGAUGCACCUCAAAAUAACUCUGUAUACGCAAGCUACACAACAGAUGCUGGAGUUAAUCUUUCAUCUGAGCGUAACGGGGUCCCCAUCGGUUCAAAGGGUGCUUCGGAAUGGCUAAAUGUUUAUCCACAAGGAAUUCAAGAUCUU